AUAAUUUUCCUUUGUAUAGUUAAUGUCUCAUUCCGAAAGUACAAAAACAUCAUGUUAAAAAAUCAAGAAAUCUUUAAUCAGUCCUUUAAAAGUAACUCUGAAUUAGGUUACAAAACAAUAUAGAUUCUACAUUUCUAAUGAAGAAUAAAUCAUUAAUGUUGUAAUAGACUUAGCUCCUUAAACAGAGCUUCUAGAUGCUAUCUAAAGUGUUUUACAAAUAGCUAGCAAAGAUCAUCCAGUUGAUUAAAAUCCAAGAAACUAUGAAGCAUAUAUUGCAAAGAAAAAUGGAUAACCUAAAACUGAUUUACCUUCUUAUUAAAUAGAUCUCAAAUUAGAACAAACUCAAAAUUCUAUAUUUUCUCUUGUUCACAUGACAUAUUAAGAUAUUAAGCCAAAAAGAAAAUCAACAUAUGAUUACAGCAACAAUUAUAGUUCAAUCAAACUAUAAUAACUCUAAGAUAUUGAUGAGAUCAAAGGAUAAAAGAAUUGGUUUCUUAGAUUUUUGGGUUGUGGUUGA